AUGGUCACUGAUUUAACAUCAGAUGCCUUCAUAGCGUGUUUAAAGAGAUUUGUGGCUCGAAGAGGUUUAUGUUCGAAAUUAUUUUCAGAUAAUGGCACAAACUUCAUAGGAGCAAAUAAGAAACUUUCUAAGUUAUACAAUUUAGUUGUAAAACCCGACGAUAGUCUUGCUAGUUAUUUGUCUACAGAGGGAAUUGAUUGGAACUUCAUUCCACCUAGAGCACCUAACUUUGGUGGCCUCUGGGAAAGUGGAGUUAAAGCAUUUAAAUAUCAUUUCAAAUGCAUUUUAGGUAAUUCCAAAUUGAGCUAUGAAGAAUUCCUAACAGUUGUUACGCAAAUAGAAGGAAUUCUAAAUUCUAGACCGCUUGCACCUCUGUCGUCCGAUACCGAUGUGUAUGACGUGCUAACCCCUGCUCAUUUCUAA